AUGGAUGAGGAAACAAACAUGAACUCUUCAGAGACUGCAACCAUGACUUCAAAUUCGAAUAAUGGCGUCGUUGAUGAGCACCGGUGGGUCAUUCAAAUCCGUCAAAUGCUGGAGGAAGAACUCGAAGAUGAUGCUGGCUUCCCAGCUGUUUGGGGGUGUAUUUCCUUUCAACCUGUACUCAUGCAUGACCCAUUUGGCCUUUUGUCCUUUUGGAGCUUUACCUCCCUAGAAUGCCACAAGGUUGCUGCAGAAAGAAGAGCCCAAAGACAAUUCCAGAGCCUGAAAUUCGAAAACCUCGUCGAAGAAAUGAAGAAGCUCAUGCCAAAGAUCCGAGGUUGCUACAACAAGUACCUUGAUUUAAGUGGUGAAGCACUAGCAUGGAUGUUAGCAGUUGAUGCAUGCUUCUUGCUUGAGUUCCUCCAAAUUUAUGCCAUCAAAGAAGGCAAAGUCCAAACAGAAUUUCAUGCAGGCAAGAAUUUUAGUAAUUAUGUUAUGCUUAGAGAUAUAGUGAUGCUUGAAAAUCAAAUCCCACUGUUCCUAAUGAGGAAGGUCUUAGAACUCCAGCAUUCCUCCUUAGAAGCAGCAGAUGUGACACUCAUUGCCUCUUUAAUUGGUUUAUGCAAAGAGGUAUCUCCAUUCAAGAUGAUGAAUUUCUCAAGCAUCAAAUUCACAGAGCAUUCACACUUGCUAGAUGUUCUGUACCACAUGAUUGUGCCCAAAUCUGAAGAACAACCCGAAUUCGCCAUCGAAUUAGUCUCUGAUGGACUUGAUGUUCCCACUGUUGAUGAGAUUGUAGAAGAGAUCAAAGAUUCAACUCAAGUAUUGGAUUUGAUCCGGAAUCUGCUAUCCAAAUUAACAGAAGGUCCACGUCUAUGA